AUUUGUGGGGAGACAAAUCGUUUCUUUUUCAUGGCAAUCUCAGCGGCGACUCUUGAAGUUGAAAGCGCCAAUUUGUCAUUUAAACCUCUCAAGUCUCGAGCUGCGAUUUGUUGGUGCUUCUGCAUUUUCUCUGAAGAGCUUGUUCUUAAGUUGUUUCAAUUGUGGGCGAAAUUCUUAGAUUUGAGUAGUAGACCAUACUAGCAAAAGAGUACCAGAUAAACUCGGAUGGUGAGAUCGCUUCUCUUUUUAACGAGAGUCCUCUUUUGUAUCACUUUUUUUCCUAUAGUUGUCCGUUUAAGUUCGUAAGGAAUGAUCGCGUUAUCACACAUGAUCUUGACUCGCAUAUCACUUCAACUGCGAAUUUAAUCUGUGUCUUGGGCGAUUCUUGGUAGAUCUUUCAGAAUAGUUGGUUUCAUUCAGUUCGGUGCGACAUUUUUCUUCUUUUCCUCCUCUCCAUCCUCUGCUAGAACUUGUAAUUAGUGCCAUGGUUCAGGACAUUGUUACACUGACAUUAUCUAGUCUUGACGUAAAGAGGAUAAAUGCUGUCCUUUUGUUUGAUAAAAUCCCUAGAGAGCAUGAACGUUUGUUUCAAAAUUCCCAAUUAAUAGGAGUAACCCUGGGGAAAAUUCUCUAAUACGUAAUAUUCUUUUUUCUUUACAAAACAAUGUUCCAUUGUUCCUGACAAAUAUGCUUGUGUUUGCAUUAUUGUCAUUUGUGAAGCUGUGACUAUGAUUGCACGUGGGUGGGUUUUCCUACCUUAAUCUUGAAGUGGUGUUUCCUGUAUAUAUGCUCUCCAUUUGCUUAGCGAUUCUCUUUGUCAUCAUGAUCUUAGGUCUGUAAUUCCUGGUGGUUUAUGUUCAUGUUUAACAUAGCAGUCAAUGUCAGAUGAUUAAAGCUUUUGCUCUAUACGUGGAUGAAUCAGUCAAUGAUGCUGGUAUUUUGCAUUAUUCUUGACAAAUGGACUACUUUUAGCAUUUUUGGAGAAACGAAGGUCUAACGAAAGCUGACACUCCUGUUUUUGAUCCUAAAUACUGAAGAAUCGAUUGAAAUCUGUUUGAUGGCCUCUUCAGAGCCUCUGAAUUCAGGAGGGUCUGUUCUAGUAAAUGCUGGUGGCUUAAGGAAGCCUCGGAUCCUUCUUGCUGCAAGUGGAAGUGUUGCAGCUAUAAAGUUUGCAAAUCUCUCUCAUUGUUUUUCAGAAUGGGGAGAAGUGAAAGGAGUUGCCACAAGAGCAUCUUUGCAUUUCAUUGAUAGAACAGCGAUUCCCAAGGAUGUGAUCUUAUAUACGGAUGAGGAUGAAUGGUAUAAUUGGAAUAAACUAGGUGAUCCUGUGCUUCACAUUGAGCUAGGUCGAUGGGCUGAUGUCAUGGUCAUUGCUCCAUUAUCAGCAAAUACUCUAGGCAAGAUUGCCGGAGGAUUGUGUGACAAUCUACUGACAUGUAUUGUAAGAGCAUGGGAUUACAGCAAACCCGUCUUUGUUGCACCAGCCAUGAACAGUUUAAUGUGGACUAAUCCUUUCACCGAGCGACAUAUCAUGGCCAUUGAUGAACUUGGCAUUAAUCUCAUUCCACCUGUUCCGAAGAGGUUGGCAUGUGGGAAUUAUGGGAACGGCGCAAUGGCUGAAACUUCUACCAUUUUUGCAACUGUAAGACUCUUCUUUGAGUCAAAGGCUCAUCAAGGUGUCUAUCGCAGGUAGCAGGUAUAGGCAAUGGUGCGGUUCGGUGGUCUGCCGCAGUGCUGCUACUUGAUCGUAAACCUUUUCAAUCACCGUUGUAGGCGUUUACACAUUUUAUACACACCACUCUCAGCAACAUUUGACAAUUACCAUUUGACAAAAUCUUAGCAAACAUGUCCAUAGGAAUGAAUUCAAAUCAGUUAACUGUCUUGCAGAUGAUCAUAAAAGGGUAAAGUAAGAGGAUUACUUGACAGUCUUGCGGAUGAUCAUAAAAAUGUAAGUGUAUGGAUUUCUAAAGUUCUUGGUUGUGUGGAUUAUAUCUGUAAAAGCUGAAUACAAGUUGGGGGACCAAAUAAAGUUAAACCAUGAGUCCA